AUGUCCAACCUUCCAUCUGAGCCUGAGUUCGAGCAGGCCUACAAAGAGCUGGCCUCAACUCUCGAAAACAGCACACUUUUCCAACAGAAGCCCGAAUACAAGACUGCCUUGAAGGUCGUCUCUAUUCCAGAGCGUAUCAUCCAAUUCCGAGUCGUCUGGGAAGAUGAUAAGGGAGCACUCCAGGUGAACCGCGGAUACCGUGUUCAAUUCAACUCUGCUUUAGGUCCAUACAAGGGUGGUCUUCGCCUGCACCCAACAGUCAACUUGAGUAUCCUCAAGUUCUUGGGUUUUGAGCAGAUCUUCAAGAAUGCUCUGACUGGACUGAACAUCGGUGGUGGCAAGGGAGGAGCCGACUUCGAUCCUAAGGGAAAGUCCGAUCACGAGAUCCGAAGAUUCUGUGUAGCUUUCAUGCGUGAGCUGAGCAAGCACAUCGGCGCCGAUACCGACGUACCAGCAGGAGAUAUUGGUGUUGGAGGACGUGAGAUUGGAUACUUGUUCGGCGCAUAUAGGGCUGAGAAGAACAAGUGGGAGGGAAUCCUCACUGGAAAGGGUGGAAGCUGGGGUGGAUCUCUGAUCAGACCUGAGGCCACUGGUUACGGUCUCGUAUACUACGUUGGACACAUGAUCGCCUAUGCUGGACAAGGCUCUUUUAAAGGCAAGACCGUUGCCAUCUCCGGUUCCGGAAACGUCGCUCAAUUCGCAGCACUAAAGGCUAUUGAGCUUGGUGCCACCGUCGUCUCUCUCUCCGAUUCCAAGGGUGCUCUUGUCGCCGCUGAGGGUGAAUCAUUUGCUCCAGAAGAUAUUUCUAAGAUCGCCGAGCUGAAGCUCAAGCGUCAAUCGCUUACCGAGUUCAGCAGCAGCAAAUACAAGUACAUUGACGGUGCCCGACCAUGGACCCACGUCAAGGUUGACGUUGCACUUCCUUGUGCUACCCAGAACGAGGUUUCUAAAGAGGAGGCUGAGGCUUUGGUCGCCAGCGGAGCUCGCUUUAUUGCUGAAGGAUCCAACAUGGGAUGCACACAAGAAGCCAUCGAUGUCUUCGAGGCUGAGCGAAAGUCCAAGGGAGACAAGGCUAUCUGGUACGCACCAGGCAAGGCCGCCAACGCAGGUGGUGUCGCCGUCUCCGGACUCGAGAUGGCUCAGAACUCUGCCAGAAUCAGCUGGACCAGCGAGGAGGUUGACGAGAAGCUCAGGGGCAUCAUGGAGGCUGCCUUCAAGAACGGUUUGGAGACAGCGAAGAAGUACGUUGAAGCUAAGGAUGGCGAGUUCCCAUCGCUGGUCGCUGGAAGCAACAUUGCUGGUUUCGUUAAGGUGGCCCAAGCGAUGUUUGACCAGGGUGAUUGGUGGUAG